CCUAGAUAUCUAUCUUGAGAUACUUGUGGUAAACCGACUCAAAUUGAUUUCCUUGUAAUAACCAACUAGGAUUAACAUCAAUACAAUCCAACAGAACUCAGGACGUAAUUUCCAAAGACCCGAACCUGUCUAAACAUUACGUCUCUGUGUUACAAUUCAAGUUCUUAGUCUUACUCCCCCACCUACAAAUCUAUCACUGAGCACCCUAGCUAAAUCCGACGCAUGUCAUUAGAAGCUGUAAUGUGGUAGCUCAACGGAUCAGCUGGUCAGUCUCUCUUAUGCAGUUUGGUUUCACGUUACUCUCACGAAAAAAAAAUAAGACAAGGCAUGGCCACCGGAAACCUGUGCGCCGUGGAGAGGCGCGGCCGGGUGCACGUCAUCACCCUCACCGGAGCGGGGGAGCACCGCCUGGGCCCGGCCCUCUUCUCCGCCAUCCGCUCCGCAGUCGCCGCCGUCCGCGCCUCCCCGGGCGGCGGCGCCGGCGCGCUCGUCCUGGCCGCCGAGGGCAAGUUCUUCUGCAACGGCUACGACCUGGCCUGGGCGCGCGCCGGGCCGGCCCCGGCCGACCGCCUCUCCGCCAUGCGCGCGGCGUUCCGCGCCCUCGUCGCCGACGUCCUCGCGCUCCCCAUGCCCACCGUCGCCGCCGUCACGGGCCACGCCGCGGGCUCCGGCUGCGCGCUCGCGCUGGCGCACGACACCGUUGUCAUGCGGGCGUCCCGCGGGUUCCUCUACAUGAGCGAGGUCGACGCGGGGAUCAAGAUCGCGGACUUCGUCGGCGAGCUGAUCCGGCAGAAGGUCCCCGACGCUGCCGCCAGGAGGGAUCUGGUCAUGAAGGGGGAGAAGAUGACGGCUGCGGAGGCUUCGCGGCGCGGCAUCGUUGACGCGGCCGUGGACGGCGGCGUGGAGGACGUAGUUGCCGCGGCCGUCGCCGUGGCUGAGGACCUUGCGGCGAGGGGCUGGGACGGGGAGGCCGUGGCCGAGAUGCGGAAGGCCACCUGGCCGGCGCUGUGGAGCAUGGUGAAGGACUACGGCGGCGCGGCGCCGGAGCGGGCGCGUCUGUAAGCUGCAGGUGUUUGUUUGCUUUCCAAUUUCGAUCGAUGACUCCAUGUAAAAUCAAAAACAAACUAUGAUUUGGGGGAAUAAUUAGUGGAAUCCCAUUCCAAUUCCACUGCAUUUGUA